AUGAGCAUUACAUACGACGUCUUCCGCGGCUCCCCUGAGGGCAACAUCGUCGCCGACAAAGUCACCCAAACCCUCAAGCACAAUGAAGUCUUCAUCGAGACCAUAACUUCUGGCCUCUGCGGAACGGACGAGCACUUCCGGAAGACCAACCAGGUCCUUGGACAUGAGGGCAUUGGCUUCGUGAGAGCUGUUGGUUCAAGUGUGACUUCUCUGAAGACUGGGGAUCGUGCUGGGUUUGGAUUUACGCAUAGUGUUUGCGCAAGUUGUGACAAUUGUGUUACCGACUGGGACCAGUUCUGCCGUAAAGUUAAACAAUACGGCAAGAACGACUUCGACAAUGGCAGCUUCAGCUAUGGCGCCGUCUGGGACGCCAACUGCGUCUUCCCUAUCCCAGACGGACUCGAAUCUGUACACGCUGCUCCGUUGAUGUGUGCCGGUGCUACCGUUUGGACUACCUUGACCAGAUUUAAUAUGCAUCCUGCAGAUCGUGUGGGCAUCAUGGGCAUCGGUGGUCUGGGUCACAUAGCCAUUAAGCUUGCUGCUACGCUGGGAUAUUACGUCAUUGUGCUUUCUACCUCUGAGGCGAAGAGACAGGAGGCUAUGGAGUUUGGUGCGUCGGAGUACCAUGUGUUUCGUUCGGGAGAAGGGCCGCCGGAGGGGUUCAAACCUAUCAAGCAUCUGUUGCUGUGUGCGAGUGGGGAUGUUGAUUAUUCUUCUCUGUUGGCCCUUAUGGAUACGCCCAGUGUCAUCUACCCGUUGACUGCUACGUUUGAGCUUUCGAAAAUACCCACGUUGGAGCUAUGUUUCAAAGGGAUUCGGAUUCAGGGCUCUUUGGUCGCUUCGCGAAAUAGCAUCCGGACUCUUCUUGAUUUUGCGAACAAGAAGAAGAUCGCUCCUACCAUUAUGACCUUUCCGUUGACCAUUGCUGGGAUCGAGGAGGCGAUGGAAACUCUGAGGGAGGGGAAAAUGCGGUACAGAGGCGUGCUAGUUCGAGAGUAA